UUUAUUUGAACGAACAAAUCAUAUCCAAAAGAACCCCGACGUCCCCCAACAUCGGAUAAACAGCCCACAUACCAAAUUCAGCCGAGUGUAACGUCUUUUUGUCGAAAAAGCACGUACCUGCCACCUUUCCCAUACAAAAUCGCCUCUUUUGCCUCUAGUUUUCACAGAUCGUGCAGCAUACAGCAAUUGCGCCAAGUCACCUGACCUACUCUGGCAAGAAAAAGAAAAACCUUGAUUAUAUACAGGACCACAUCUUGCAUACGCUACUCCGGACCUUGCACCAACUAUUUUCUCUAAAAACGUUUAAAACCGACGCUUAACGCCUAACAAUUUACAAUGUUAAACACAAAGUCAAUCCUGGACCACUCCCUGGCCAAUCUCGACAAACCAAUCAUUUCACCUUUGGCCUACUCUGUCUCGGCGCCAAACACCGCUGCCUGUGGCUCUGCUGCAUGCUCUUCAUGCAACCCGCAGUCUGGUAACCGUUCGACCAAGAUGGUUUCCAUCCCAUUGCCCGUGGACUCCAUUCCGCCAAAGGAAGAUAACGAGUUUGAACGCUUGAUCGAUCAGAUCAGACUCAGAUUAGGCUGCGAUAAGUCUUUGAGCUCCCUGGAUAUCGACCAUGAAGAGUUGAUGGAUCUCUUUCGCGCAUAUGCAUCUGAUGAACAGCACUGGGGCUCGUUUGCCCAGCACGACCCCACCAGAAAUUACACUAGAAACGGAAUUGAAAACAUCAACGGGAAUGCAAAUUUGUUGGUGUUGGUUUGGGAGCCGGGUAAGGGCUCUGUGAUCCACGACCACGCGGAUGCUCAUUGCAUCGUCAAAGUCUUAAAGGGGUCGCUCGUAGAAAAGUUGUACGACGUUCCAAAGGAUAACGGUAGCAGGGCUAGCACCGCCAGCGGCCACAGCGCCAAUUGUUCGUGUGCCAAGAGUAUUAUGACCCCAAAGAAGAUUUCCACCUUGAAGACCAACGAUGUGGCUUACAUCUCCGACGAUAUUGGGUUGCACCGUAUGAUGAACGCGGAUGACACCGAGUUGGCCAUCACCUUGCAUUUGUACACUCCCCCAUACGCUUCGAUGUAUGGCUGUUCCUAUUACGAGGACCGCAACGGCAAGAAACACCACGUGGAUAUGAGUAAGUACUAUAGCUGGAGAGGCGUGAUGUUGAACGAAGAGGUUCAGUAGGCAAUCCUCUAUCUCUCAAUGACCUUAUGUUCUCCACCCCCGGGCCCUUUCCAUUCCUUCACUUCUUUGCUAAUUACGGGGUUAUUUCAUACGCAGGAAUGCCGGGUUACUGUCACUGCGCUUUGUCUAACCGUCACCUUUUACUAUCGAGAUAGCUUUAAAUAUUUCCUAUGCCCCUUUC